AUAAUACAUAGUUCCAUGUCCGACUUGGGUGUUGUGGGUCAGCCGCUGCGUGUGGGCUGUAAAUUUGAGCCUCGCCUGAGCAUGCGACGCAUCUACAACAAGAAAUGCUUUCGCGUCGAGCGCUAUCAGCAUGAGGUGGCCAAUCAUUAUCGCGACAUCCAGCUGCAACAGAGCGCCACGUGGCAGCACAAACAGCAGCCAGGCGACCGUCACCAGUUGCCCCACAGGCAACAGCAGCCAAAGUAUCGCCCACGCACUCGACUACGUCCGCUGGCUCCAAUAACCGUCAGCACUUCUAGUGUCCAAUUUCGUUGCGAACUACCCAUCCAUGUGCAAUACUAUCCCAGGUGGGUGUGUGUGUGUGUGUGUGUGGGACGCAGUGGCGCCGCCAAAAGGGGCCGUUUACCACCUGAAAGGGGCACGAGGACAAGAGCCAAUGAUGGCAGCCAAGGCAGCGCACGCAGCAGCAGCAGUCGCAGCAGCAGCAGCAACAAUUAUGAGCAGCAUGUGCUAAAUAUUAAUACAAGGGAAAGCCUACAACGGCAGCAGCAGCAGCAGCAGAAGCAGCAGGCGCAGCAGAGGCAGCGACGUCGACGCAUAGAUCUGUACACGUAUUUGCAGUUGGCGAGCGGCUACUACGAACGGGGGUUGCAAGCAAAUAUCAAGUACCUGCAAUCGAUUGGCCAACGUAAUGCGAUAAAGCAACAGCAACAGCAGCAGCAGCAGCAGCAGCGCCACAAGCAACGACGUCACUCAUUGGAAGCCUGGCCGCGACGGCAGCAAGCUGCAGUCGAGCAACCGCAGCAGUUGAGCAGGUUUUUGAAUAGUUUGCAGCAGGGUGAGCGUUGCCAGACAUCAGUGGAGGACCAGGGCUCGAGCACAGACGCCAUUCGAGUGCACAUAACGGCCGGGCAGCGCAACGUAACGGACAUGUGCGAUUUUGCCAGGCAGAGUGGUGAAGAUAACAGCAACAAUAAAAGCAGCAACAACAACAACAGCAGCAGCAGCAGCAACAACAACAUGUCCGAUGCAAAYGUUGCCGAUGCCGCCAAAGCAACUGGCACAACAGCAACACCAACAACGCCCACAACAACAACAACAUUAACAGCUGCAGCAACAACAAAAAGUGCCGUUAGCCAACGCAAUGUGGACAUCAAAAUUGAAAAGUCAAGCAACAUGGAAGCCGCCACACAGCAGCUAAGCAAAAAGGUGCUCAAACUCGAUUUGGGCGCCAAAAAUUUGGAUGAAUAUUCGCUGAAAUCGCCAAAAUCACCCAUUGCAGCACGUUUGCCGCAUCAAACAUCAUUGACGUCAUCGGUGGACGUUGAGGAUCGCAAGACAUUACGAGAGGCCUUAUAUCAGGGUAUAUUUCAUCGACAUCGCCGCACCAUAUUCGCGGUGGGCAGCUUUCUGCGAAUGCUACGAAGCCGUAACUCCCAGUACAAUACCAUUCGAAGCUCGUCGGAGGGCGAGGAUAUCGAUGAGUGUAACGGCCAGAGACAACAACUAAACACAACAACAACAGCUACAACAACAACAACAGCAACAACAACCACUUGAACAUCUUGAAUAACAACAACAACAACGACAAUCUGGAUUAUUAUUAUGGAAUCUGCUUUUUAGAUGGAACGUAGUGCCAGCCAGUCGCAGAUCUUGUCGUACUCCAUUUUCG